CCCCUCCUCCCCACAGAAAAACUCUCGCCGCAUUUUCUCCGAAACUAGCAAAACAACGAAACGACCGGAGAUCCAUAUUGCGCGCAAAUAACCUCCAUAUCGAUGCCUAAAGUCCCGAAAUGCGCGAGAGCCACGCGAUAUGGAUGAAAUUGAGUGGAACAACGUGAGCGAAGGCUCACUGGAGAGUUUGGAGAGAGUGGUGCUCUCCGGCUCGACUGCUCGUCGCUGUCAUGGACUCCAUGAGCUACACGAGAAACUGUCUGGGUUACAAAUCUCACAGAACCUCUUCCGAUCAAUUGUGAAGCUUUUAUUCAGGACGUAUCCUUUCUAUGUUGACCGCGCCUCUCGUCAAGCCGUGCAGAAAUGUCUCCGCUCCCUAUUUCGAAUUCCAACCGCAAACCCCGACCUACAAUAUUUCAUACAGGAGUUAAAGAAAGAAUGUUCCAAAUCCACAAUAGCUGCGACGAAUGCUUUUGUUUUAGCGGAGUGGUGUUCACUGCUGCUACAACUCCUAAGCGAGGUGCCAGACUUCACGCAGAGCAUAUUGGAGAUUUUAUCCGCAGAUGCCAAGGUCGUUGAAAUUUGCUUGCGCGCUAAAACCAAAGGAAGUGUGAAGCACUCGGCAAUUAUUGUGACUAGACGAGCAUUGCGAGCCGUUAUUUCUCCGGAGGGAAAUGGCGAGGAGAUCCUACGGCGGGCAAUUCCUCUUUUGACGAGUGAGGCUGUCUCGGGUUCAAGAAAUGCUCCUUUUCUAGGGAUUGUAGCUGGAGUCAGCGACCGGAUUCCUAAUAGAAAACCGAUCCUGGAGGAUUUGAAGACUGCCAUACUGCAAUACUAUGCCAAGGAGAUUAUUGGAUCGCGGACAGUUCUGCCCUCCCAUAUUGUAGGAGGAUUACACGAUUUCUUUAUAUCGUUCGUUACUGCUAAAGACCUUCAGGUUAAUAUCUGGCCAUCCCUGGAAAAAGCAAUUCUUAGAGCCCCCGAAAUAGUUUUAGGCGGGCUUAUACCUUCCUUAGCGUCCUCAAUACGCUUUGAAGUCGAUAUAUCGGAAAUUUUCUUCACUCGUUUCUGCAAGCCACUCCUUACAAAUAUUAAGAUCACAAAUCCAAUCAUCAGAAAUGGUGCUGUCAAAGCUUUUGAAAGCCUAGUUUCUAGAUGUAAGGCUGAACAAUGGCUGUUGAAAGUAGUAGAAGAAGUGAUGGCUCCCCUCAAGACGCAGAAAAUUACCAACGCUGAACAGCGUGGCCUUCAAGUCCAAGUACUUUCGGCUAUUCCGCCUUCCACCCACGUUUCGCAACUGGUACUAGGAGGCCUGGUGGUAGUCUUGUCCCGCGAAGCCAGUGAAAUCGCCUUGGAGAUCGAGAUUAAAGCCUUUUGCUGUCAUUUCGCCUACCUCAUUCGAAUCGCAGCACCAAUUGGAAAGGAAAUAUUAUCUGCCAUAACAAAAGGAUGCGGUGAAAAACGAAUCGCCCUCCGCAAAUUAUGGCUGGUCAACAUUGGGCAACUCUUGUGGGAUAUGGAUGUUGAGCAACUGUUUGGCUCUAGCCUAACAAUGGAUUUCUUACGUCCAGUUGUUGCUAGGCUUCUGGAGUCUUCUGAUGACAUAGCCGCUAACCCAUUACCUUCGGUUCAGAUCGGGGCUAUUACAAUAUCUUUCGUCCUCACUGCUUUAUCAAGUAGACUCGAAAAUAGAAAAGAUAACGAAGGGGAGCUGCUACUGGCAUACGAUAACAUUGCGCGACAAGCAUUGUCCAUAUCGCCUAAGCCGUCUUUCCUUCUCAAUCCUAAAAUCUACACGAAACUGACUUCAACUGAAGACUUCAUAUGGAUAAUACGUGCAUUGUCUACCGUUUCUAGAUCGAAAGCAUUUCACGCUGGAGAUCCUGAGAUCAGAGACUCAUGGGGACAGGCGUUCAUUUAUGUGAUUUGUUCAUCUAGUACACCACCAAAAGUUCGAGAACAUGGAGUGAGUGCCCUCAAACAAUGCUACUGUGGAAAUCCGGCCCUUGUUGGGACGACAAUGAUAACUGCAUUGUGGGGGUGGCUUCACGCUUUGGAUACUGCGAAUAAAGACUCCGCUGCGUUGAGUGCGGGGACCGGAAAUGAAAAAAUUCACCUUGUAAUCAAAGCCAUUAACCUUGCGCCCUCUGAACAAAACCCUGACGACAACAUAUCCAAAGAGGUUCUCAAAACCCAACUCGUUGAAUUACUUGUUAUCUGCCGCCCACAGUUGAUACCAGGGACACAAUGGAUUGAUGUGGUCUUGAAAACCGGCAUAGAUCCGGGGGAAUUGGUCCGUGAAAAAUAUGAAGAGUGCAUGUCACAAAUCCUAAGAGCUAUUGAUGACCCAAUUCGAAGCCAGAUAACCAAGGGAAGACCUGCGGCGUGGGACGCUGCGGCUGACUUGGCUUUUGUGGCUCCCGAUACCAUUAUUCCUCGCCUUGUUAAACAGCUCCAUGAAGAUUUGAAUCCGAAGCGAGUAUUGAAAUUCGAGUCAACCGACCUUGCUAUUGCCCGAACCCCUGAAGGAACAAUGUUUGUGGAUGUUCUUAGUACGAAAUCUAAACCUGUCAUAGGUAAGGGCAAGGAUUCGGAUACGCUGAAAUGGGAGGAAGAGCUGCGCGCCCAAGUUGCUCAGAAAAGAGGCCAGCAAGCGAAGAAGUUGACUGCCGAUGAACAAGCCAAAGUUAAUUCUCAGUUGACUAGAGAAGCUGAAAUUCGAAAGAAUGUUCAAGCGGAAGAAGAAAUAAUCAAGAGAGGUGUCGGGAUUGUUGAAAGUCUUGCUCGAGGCCCCCCAACUGAUGUCGAGGCCUGGAUAAACCCAGCUGUUGGGUGCGUUACGGAUCUUGCGAAGGCUGGGGCUGGCGCCUUGGUCGGGGAUGCUGUUGCAUCGGCAUACGUCGCGUGUUCAAAUCGAAUCUCCUCUAGACUUGGGUUAAUGCGACCCUUUGUCGGAAUAGCUACGCUGCGAGCACUCGGGAGAACCUACUUAGACCCAGCAUUGGAAGACGAGCCUCUAGGCGAACUUGUGGCAAGAAUUUUAUAUCGCCUUCGUUUGGGCUCCGAGCAGCGGCCUUUUGAUGUUGCUACCCUAUCAUAUAUCCUCCCCUUGAUUUUCAUUAUACUCGAGAGGGAUGGAAUUGAAGAGUCUAAAGAGAGCAAGGGAGAGCAAGUUCUCCUAGCUCUAGAGUUCCUGUCUUUUCACACAAAUUCAUUCUCCGACAAUAGACUCCCUCGCAUUCGCACCUUGCAGAGUUUAAUAUCCUCUAUGCAGAUAUAUACCCAACACUAUAAAAUUAUUCGAGACACCCUAUUUGACCUUUGCAGGUGUAUAGCACAGAACAUCGAACAAGAAGAACUUGAAGUUAUUCUUAAGGCUUCGAUAGUCCCUGAGAUAUCAGUUCGUACCUCGGUUCUCCAGGCUAUCCUAUCGGAGUUGGAUCUCACGGACCUUGACUUCUCCGAGUACAUCUGGUUGGGUUGCCAUGAUAAUUUGGCAGAGAAUAGAGAAACGGCGGAAGUCAUUUGGGAGCAGAAUGCUCUCGAUGUUGAUGAAAAUUCGGCAAAUCUCCUGGUAAAAUAUCUCGAUAGCAAGGACUCGCAACUUCGAGGAGCAGCAGCCCGAGCACUUGCCCAUGCCUGUGAAGUUAGCCCAGCGGUGUUUACUGAUAUUUUGGAAAAGCUACAAUCGAAAUACAGGGAAGAAGUGAGACCCAAAGCACCUGAAAAAGAUGCCUACGGUAUGCCCAAGAAAAUCGACGGGCAAGAUAAAUGGGAGCCUCGUAGUGGGAUUGCACUGGCUUUUGGGGCGAUGGCGAAGGGCUAUCAAAAAGACGAAAUCGUCACAUUACUCCGAUUCUUGAUCGAUGAGGGCCCACUGAUAGACAAGAGUGCUUUCGUGAGACGACAGAUGGCGGAAAGUGGUAGCACUGUUAUUACUUUGAGAGGCGGCGAAAAGGUCGAGCAAUUGAUGCAGCUAUUUGAAAAGACAUUGGAAACCUCAGAUAAAGCGAGUGAGCAAUCCGAUUGGCUCAACGAGGCUGUGAUAGUUUUAUACGGCUCCCUAGCUCGCCAUCUGAGGUCAGGAGACAAGCGGGUUGAUAUAGUUAUCGGGAAGCUCCUUGCCGCGCUGUCUACCCCGUCCGAAACGGUUCAAUUCGCAGUCGCUGAGUGCCUUCCACCCGUCGUCAGACUCUCAAGUACAGAAACGGGUACCUAUAUCCGGGAUAUGCUUGACCAACUUCUGCAUUCGAAGCAAUACGCAGCAAGACGUGGUGCAGCUUAUGGUUUGGCUGGCAUAGUUGCCGGAAAGGGCAUAUCAGCAUUCCGAGAAUAUCGCAUCAUGGCCCACCUCACGGAUGCUUUAGAGAACAAGAAGGACCCGAAUCAAAGACAAGGGGCUAUUAUGGCUUUCGAGCUCUUCUCGUUGAUCCUUGGGGCAAUUUUCGAGCCAUAUGUGAUCCAAAUUGUUCCACAGCUGUUGGGCAGUUUUGGUGACCCCAGCAUCGACGUUCGCAAUGCUUGCUUAGAUGCUGCUAAAACAUGCUUUUCAAAUUUGAGCUCUUAUGGCGUCAAGCAAAUCCUCCCAACCCUCUUAGACGGCCUUGACGAUCAGCAGUGGCGCAGCAAAAAGGGAGCGUGCGACCUUUUGGGAGCCAUGGCGUACCUUGACCCUCAGCAACUCGCUAUUAGUCUCCCAGACAUCAUUCCUCCUCUCACGAUUGUCCUAAAUGACAGCCACAAAGAGGUUCGCAAUUCCGCGAACCGCAGUCUUCAGCGGUUUGGAGAAGUGAUCAGCAAUCCUGAGGUGAAGAGUCUGGUUGGUGUUCUGCUGAAAGCUCUUAGUGACCCUACGAAAUACACCGAUGAAGCCUUGGACGCGUUGAUAAGGGUGUCGUUCAUACAUUACUUGGAUGCGCCAUCCCUUGCGCUAGUUGUGCGGAUCCUCGAACGCGGCCUUGGUGACCGGUCAACUACCAAAAAGAAAGCAGCUCAGAUUAUUGGCAGUCUGGCCCAUCUCACAGAACGUAAAGAUCUUAUAUCGCAUUUGCCAAUAUUGGUCGCUGGGUUGAAACUUGCCAUCGUUGACCCCGUCCCCACGACUCGUGCAACGGCAUCCAAAGCACUUGGCUCCCUCAUCGAAAAACUCGGCGAAGACGCUCUCCCUGACCUGAUACCAAGUCUUAUGACCACGCUCAAAUCCGACACCGGGGCCGGUGAUCGGCUAGGUUCCGCUCAGGCGCUAUCUGAGGUACUUGCAGGAUUGGGUACUUCUCGCCUCGAAGAAACGCUGCCUACUAUAUUACAAAAUGUAUCCAGUGCUAAGGCGUCAGUCAGAGAAGGGUUUAUGUCACUCUUCGUUUUCCUUCCUGCCUGCUUUGGAAAUAGUUUUGCCUCUUAUCUUAACAAAAUUAUUCCCCCUAUUCUUGCUGGCUUGGCAGAUGAUGUUGAAGCAAUCCGCGAGACUUCUCUUCGUGCCGGACGGUUACUCGUUAAAAAUUUCGCGACGAAAUCCAUUGACCUUUUACUGCCAGAACUCGAGAGAGGCUUGGCUGACGAUAACUACCGCAUUAGGCUGAGUUCAGUCGAGUUGGUUGGCGACCUGCUGUUCAAUCUCACUGGCAUUCAAAACAAGGGAGAGGAAGAUGAGGAAGAUGACAAGGCUGUUCAAGCUGGCCAGUCCCUUCUUGAAGUAUUGGGAGAGGAUAAGCGAAACAAGGUUCUUUCUUCUCUAUACAUUUGCCGUUGCGAUACGUCUGGUUUGGUCAGAAGUGCAGCAAUCGCGGUUUGGAAAGCACUAGUCGCAACCCCGCGAACCCUGAGAGAACUUGUACCUACCCUGUCUCAGCUCAUCAUUCGUCGGCUUGCAAGCCCCAAUAUGGAACAGAAGGUUAUCGCCGGGAAUGCUCUAGGCGAACUAAUCAAGAAAGCUGGAGAAGGGGUCUUGUCAACACUGUUACCAUCUCUGGAGGCAGGCCUUGUUGCAUCUACGGACGUAGACUCGAGGCAAGGUAUUUGCAUUGCAUUACGAGAGCUCGUCGUUUCUGCCACAGCCGAGUCACUUGAAGAUUAUGAAAAGAUUCUCAUAUCUAUUGUGCGAACUGCUCUGGUGGAUCAUGAUGAGGCGGUCCGAGAAGCUGCUGCCGAAGCGUUUGAUGCCCUGCAGCAAGUACUAGAUAAGCGAGCAGUCGACCAAGUUCUACCUGAUUUGCUUCACCUUCUUAGAAGUGAGGCUGAUGCACAACAAGCACUAUCUGCUCUCCUAACAUUGUUGACGGAAACUACGAGAGCCAACAUAAUCCUCCCGAAUCUCAUUCCAACAUUACUUACUUUACCUAUCUCCGGAUUCAAUGCAAGGGCUCUGGCAUCAUUGGCUGAGGUAGCAAGUUCUUCGAUGACUCGGAGGUUGCCUGCAAUAUUAAAUGCCUUUAUGGAUACUAUCGUCAAUACCAGCGACGAUGAACUCAAGAAGGAAGUUGAAGAAGCUUUCGAUACUAUUCUGGAGUCUGUGGAUGAAUAUGACGGACUGAAUGCUUCGAUGAGUGUGAUGUUAACCUUAGUGAAGCAUGAGGACCAUCGCAAACGAGCAAAUGCAGCCACUCGCUUAGGAAGAUUUUUCUCCCAUGCGGACGUCGACAUUUCGCGUUACCAUCCCGAUUUAAUUCGUGUUUUACUUAUCUCAUUUGAUGAUCACGAUAGGGAUGUGGUAAAGGCGGCAUGGGAAGCCUUAACACAGCUUACUACACACAUACGAAAAGAGGAAAUGGAAGUUUUGGUCAUUCCCACGCGCCAAGUUCUGCGGCAAGUUGGUGUUCCAGGAUCUGACCUUCCAGGAUUUUGCUUGCCGAAAGGAAUUGGAGCGAUAUUCCCCAUAUUCCUUCAAGGCCUUCUCAAUGGAAAUGUGGAUCAGCGUGUACAAUCUGCGCUUGCGAUUGCUGAUAUCAUUGACCGGACAAGUGCGGAAGCAUUAAGACCCUAUGUCACUCAAAUAACUGGUCCAUUGAUCAGAGUUGUCUCGGAGCGGUCUGUAGAGAUCAAGUGCGCUGUUUUCUUGGCUUUGAACAAGCUUCUUGAAAAAAUUCCUCUAUUUGUGAAGCCCUUCUUACCACAACUACAGCGGACAUUCGCCAGAGGGCUAGCAGAUACUUCGAGCGAUGUAUUACGGAAGAGAGCUAGCAAAGGCUUAGGCAUACUGAUCACAUUGACGCCUCGAGUUGACCCACUCAUAGCAGAACUUGUUGCUGGCUCCAAAACCUCCGAUUCGGGUGUCAGAAAUGCCAUGCUUAGAGCGCUGUAUGAAGUGGUAAGCAAAGCGGGUAAAAAUAUGAGCGACACAUCUAGACAAACAAUCCUUACUCUUAUUGACGAUGAGUCCAAUGGCCGAGAUGAUACGAUGAAUAUUACAAACGCUCGACUUCUCGGCGCUCUUGUCAAAACUCUUCCAGCUACUACUGUCGUUCCACUAAUAAAGAGCCGUGUUCUCUCGCCUCACCUAACUCAUUCCUCGGUUCUAAACCUCAAUGCACUUCUGGUGGAAUCUGCAGCAUUGCUCGUGGAAAACUUUCAUUCUGAGACUGCAUCCGUCAUAUGCAAUGGCAUUUCAAAUAAAGACACAUUCAUAUCAGACAACAGCGUGCUCGCAGCAGGCAAGUAUCUUCUAUCAGAGGACAUAACCCGUAACUUCGAAACGGAUAAACCAUUGGUAGAAGCUCUCGCGCCUGCAAUCAAACCUGGUGGGCCCACCGACACUCGCCGGAUAGCUUUGGUCAUUGUUCGAACUGUCAGCCGUCUGCAUCCGGAACUCCUUCGUCCUCAUCUCCCUCUCCUUGCGCCUCCCAUCUUUGCCAGUGUGCGGGAUGUUGUGAUCCCUGUUAAACUGGCAGCGGAGGCAGCAUUCCUGGCGCUGUUUUCAGUGGUUGAAUCCGAAAGCACUGUAUUCGAAAAGUAUAUGAAUGGCCCUGGAGCAGAGUUGCCCACCGGUACGAAACGGAGCUUGCAAGAUUACUUCAAGCGCGUUGCUCUAAGACUUGCCAAUCAAGCACGGGAGAGGCGAGAAGCGGAAGGCGGCCAAGGGGGCUUGGGCCUUUCCAGCGACGAGCUUGAAGACGAGAAGGAAGUUUGGAGUGUGGGUAAAAUCGACUUGGACGAGUCGACAAGCGAGGACUGAUGCUGAUUGUGACGCAGUGGUGGAUCGUAUAUUUUUUAUUUAUCAUUCACAACGGAUCCUGGACACAAGUACAAAAAUGGCUUGGCGAUAUAAUGGAUGAAUCUCAUCACAUGAUCUUCUCUCACUCUUAACAUACAUUCAUCAUCGCAAUCACAUCUACAGACAAAUUUUACACCAAUAAUAGGGCUGUAUGUAAAACAAUACCGUCAUCUAGAGCUUACAGAGCUGAAAUAUGCCAACGUCUAGAUACAAAUUGUUCCUCAAAUCUGGUCCCCACUGGGUCCAGGCGCUGUCCCGAUCCGGUCUAGCGCGCGCAAGCCCUAAGUGUGGACUUUUUUCUCGCUUAGCAGCCGCUGCUUAGCUAAUCGCCCAUUUCCC